CUCGAGUGGAUGGUCUUACCUUAGCGCGAACUCAACAACACCUUAAAAAAUGCAACAACACUAUACCAGUGCAAACGCAGACAUGCACCGACCAUUUUAAGCAGAAAUAUUUGUACCGGCCUUAGCACCCGCUUUUAGCCCCUGCUAUUCCUGUAAUAGCAUCUUUACCUACCGCUUAGGGUUGCAAGGAUCAGGUGGAGAAGCUGUUGACCUUUGAGUAGAGUCCGCAAGGAUGCGGCAGGCUGCGCCAAACAUAACAACUAUAAACCGUAGGGCUGACAGAGAUGAGGCUGAUGAACGACGCGAGAAUGACGAGACUCAAAGAUACCGGCUUGAGGAAGGGGACGGGACGACGCAUGCGCAACGGAUUGUCCGCGAGCUGUAUCUCCGAUAUGAGAAACAGCUACAGCGUUGGAAGGACUACAGGAACUUGUUUGUGUUCCUGGGCUUCGUGGCGCUGUUCCUGGCAGUGCUCUACUUGCAGCGGAGCGCACACAUUGCGUACAGAGUACACAGCACAGUGCAGUCGGUGGUCGUUCCUGGCGAUGAUGUAAUGCAGAACACAGACGCUGUGUAUGGCUGGCUCAAUGACCUAUUAACGGAAGUCUGGGUGGACCCGGUCUGCGGUGACGGCCUCUGUGAGGCGCCGUUUGAGUACGCGUCCUACAGCAGAUUUGGCUGUAGGGCCGACUGCGGCAAGCUCUCAGAAGUCCAGAACCUUACAACCAUCCAAAUAGACAUGUACUAUGACUUUUCACACCCUACGGGUAGCAUACCCGCCUCGGACCUAAUGUCUCAAACCUCCUGGAACCUCUGCCCCCUGUCAACGGCCUAUAGCAGCGACUGCUACUAUGACACGGACAUCACGUUUGACCGGCUGUCCGGUGUCCAGAACUACGUCAUUGACGACGCACCGGAUGGCGAGUGGAACCUUGUCGUACGGCGCGACAUUUUCAACAAAAUCAAGGGUGCCGUGCGCGAUACGACUCUUGUAUACGCCAGCGGCUAUUACUUUAAGCUCUACAUUGCGGCCGCAGCAGCGUACGCGGAGCAGCAAUAUGAGAUUGGUCUGCUGCAGCAAGCUGUCAAUAUCUCUGGAACGGACUUUUGGAGCUACGCAAGCAGCUCCAUUCGCUCCACCUACGCCAACAACACGGAGUACAGUGCGGCUGCUGACUGGAUCCGCAACUCGACGUGCUUCUGCUCCAACAUCGCGAACGGCACUAACUCCUCUGCUACGCCCUUUGGCACCGACGUGAUGCUGGUCUACCUGAACCAGUCGGUGUCGUACAGCGACCCAAGCAAGCCCUUUAGCCUGUCGUACGCGCAGUACCAGGCGGACCCCUACUACUGCCCAUACCCCCUGUUUGAGCCCUACGAAUGGAAGGCCACCAACGACUCAAACGGUAACUGGACCAAGAUCCUCUCUCCAGUCAAUAUCUACAACGCAACCGCGCUGCGCGACUAUUGCUGGGGUGGCCUGAACCUCUCCAUUUCUUGGCGCAACACCAUGACGGGUGCCGUGCAAAAGCUACUCGUUGACAAGCGUUUGGGCGAUCAGCGCACGACGGGCAAGAUUGCCCAACGCAAUACCGUCAACAGCAACCUCCGGAGCUACCUGGCUUCCAACGCACCCGAGCUCGUGGCGCCCAUAUACACCGAUCCGAAAGGCACGGUCGCCUUGCUGGAUCCGGUGAAUGCGCGCUUGGAUUACCUGAUGCCGCUGUAUGUCGACGGAGUCAUAUACUCGUCAACACCGCAGAAAGCGGCGCUUAACAUGACGCGUCGUAUUGUCUACAACAGCACGAUCCACCUGCUACAGCUGGCGCCGCGUGCAACAGCUCGCAUUGCUGAGGUCCAGGAGCAGAUCGCGGACGUACGGCAGAUUGAACUGCCGUACCCCAUGGCGUCGUACCAAAACUACACCUUCGUCAACACGACGGUUGGCGUGCUGUUCGACGUGUUUACCCUGGCUGGCGCCACGAACGCGAGCAUCCCGGAUGCGAGUAGCCCCAUGCUCGGCAUGUUCUCCAUCAGUUACAACCUCGCCACUUGGGCGGGUAACACAACGGCCUACAUGCGCUGCGAUUUGGAGGGUCGUGGACCGGAGUACAUUGGCGAGUGCGUCGCGAUGAACAACACCUGCGUCGCAACUACCAAUGACACGAUUCCGUACAACUGCACGGAUCUGACUAACGGCGGCGCCGUUAUAACGGGGAACCUAUCCGACAGCAGCUACCGCCUGGCGUGCGAAACACCCUGCGACCGCCGCUUUGAUUGCAACGCUAUCUGCGACUGCUACGGCACCUGCCAGGCGACGGAAUACUGCGAGUGCGACGCUUGCGUUCAGUUGAAUGCGAACGCUGCAGCAGACUCGCAGUUCAUCGACAUUCGCAGCAACGUCAAGGACCAGGCGGCAGCAUCGGUGAUGAUUGCUUCCCUUGGCUUGGAUAGCACGACAUCGCGACGCGCCUCCCGUCGUCGACUGAUGACCACCAAUGAGGAACUCGCGACGCAGCUCAACACCGUGCUGACCCAAGUCGGCAACGUUUCCACACAACAAACCAGCAUUGCGUCGCAGAUGGCGACCCUCAAGGCGCAGGUUGACCGCGCCAACCAGCUGGCGGAGGCACGUGCCAAUGACAAUCGCCUGAUCGACCUGAUUGCGGCGGGUCGGGCGGACAUUGCUGCCAGCCAGGCGCGAGUGGAGGCAAAGCUGGACGAGAUCAUCGGCAAGCAGAACCAGGCGCUCGCGGCUGCUGAAGCGGCUGCGACAGCGAUCAGCGCUAUCCAGGGUCUGGCGGAGAAGCAGGUGGCUGCGCAGAAGGCGCUGGAGACGGCGGUGACCAACCAGCUGUCCGCCAUCAAGACUGCCACCUACCAGAGCAUCAUCACCCUCACUCAGGCGCUGGCGCUCUGGAAGCGUGCGCGUCGUGACAGGGCCCUCACGCUCAAGGCCGCUAAGCUGGCCAACAUUCCCUGCACCAGCGACCCAACGUCGCCGAAUUACUUCACCCUGGACAACGGCAAUGAGGUGGACACUACCACCUCGCGCGAACGCAACGUGGGCCUCACCAACCGUGUCAUUGCUGGCCUACUGCUGCAUCAGACGCGCACAAACGAGACCCUGUGCCCUGAGUCCAAGUUCGAUAAGAUCCAAAAGACAUGCACGGGCCCCGAGACCAUCUCAUCGUACGGCGUGGACCCAGUCUUUAAGCGCGGUACGACAUCGUACAAUUCGGACUUCGACGAUGUGGAUGGAGCCAAGGUACUGGGCUUCUACAACUGCUCCUUGCUGACCAGCCCAACCUACGACGUCAACUUCCUGAACCAGACAGUCAACCCGGCUCCGUAUUGCGCCGAACUGUACAACCCCCAAAAACUGCCGUACGCGUUCCACUACUUCCCGCUUGAUGGCAAGGCCGAUGGAUUCCCAGUUUGGUUUGACAUCAACCUGUCUGAGGAUGGAGCGCAGACCUGGUACACCUACCUCAACGAAGGCCUGUACCUGGACCAGAAUACGCGCACAAUGACGGCUGAGAUGAUCACCUACAACGCACCGCUACGCAUCUUCUCAUACUUCUAUGUGAAAUUUUUCUUCUCCGAUGGCGGUUCCAUCAAGGUCUCUCACCGUCUGAACACCGUGCGUGUUGAGCUGUACAACAGCUACGAAGAUGACGUACGAUUCGGCCUGGAGAUUGUGCUGUCCAUGUGGAUUUCGCUUCUGCUGCUGCACAACCUCUGGGAGAUUGGCUACACCCAGAAGACGCGCGGCAACUUCCUCAAGUACUUCCUCUCGGGCUGGCACUGGGUUGAGUUCACCAGUAACGGUUUGCUAACGGCUUGCAUGAUCAUCUGGUGGGUGUUCAAGGAGCACUACGCCAAGACCUUUGACAUCUCCAUCAGGUACAACGUCUACCAGAGUUUGUCCCCGGACGCCAACUUCCUGGCGCUCCAGGACGAUGGCGCCAACCUGAUUGCCGCCAACACCGCCUUUUCCGACCUGCGCGAGCUGGUGGAUAUGCUCAACUGGUACUUUGCCCUCAACGGCAUCAACAUCCUGCUGCUCAUUGCGCGCGUGCUCAAGCUGAUGGACUUCCAGCCGCGACUGGGUGUGGUGACGCGCUCGCUGUGGCUGGCGGGCCCCGACCUGAUCCACUUUGCCAUCGUGGCUGGCAUGGUGUUUGUGGGAUAUGCCAUGAUGGCGCACCUCAUCUUUGGAAAUGCCAUUGCGGCAUUCGCCACCUUUGGAGAGAGCAUCAACACCUGCUUCGAAAUCCUGCUCGGAAACAUCGACGUGAACAACGACCUACGCGCGCUUGGAGGUCUGCAGAGCGUCGCAGGCGCGCUGUUCUUCUGGAGCUACGAGCUGCUCGUGUUCAUGGUGCUGCUCAACUUCCUGCUGGCCAUCAUCGUGGAUGCCUUUUCGGAGGUCAAGGAGAAGACGCACGAGACGGUUGGCAUCCACACGGAGCUCUUCACGCUGCUGCGUGACAAGUGGCGCAGCCUACUGGGCCGCUGCUCGCCCAACUACAUCUCGGAUGACAAGCUGGGCGACCUGCUGAGGCAGUGGGCGGGCGGGGAGGAGGAGGACGGAGAGGAUAAGGGCGCUGCAGAGGAUAAGCGCAAGCUGCUCACGAUCCUCAACGAGGACAUGGAUGAGGAGACGCUGCGGGAGGUGUUCAAGGAGUGCCUGCGUGAUGCCCCUGCGACCGUGGAGAAGGGCAAGGGUGCCGCGGCUGCCGGUUUGCUGGCGCGCAUCUUCCGCGGCGGACGCGGCAAGGACGCUGACGUGUCGGAGGAGGAGAUCAUCCAGGCGGCGCACUACAUUGUGGAGCGCUUCGGCGCUGUGCCGGACGACGAUGACGACGAGGAGGAGGGCGGCAAUGGGCCGGACGCCGUCCCGCAGCCGACAGCCAUUGCCGUCGCCCCCGCCGGCACCGGAGCGCUGACAGCCUCGGGUGGCCCAGGCCGCGAGACCAUCCUCGAGAAGGAGCGCGACCAGCUGGCGCAGGCUCUGGAGCGGCUGGCUGAGGUGCAGCGGGAGCUCGCGGAGGGGCAGCGCAACCUGAUGAACGGCCAGAAGCAGCUGGCGGAGCAGCAGUCUAAGCUGGUGCAGCUCAUGAACGAGCAGCCGCAGCCGCCCGCAAACACCUAACCUGUUGCAUAUCUGGCAUGGUGAGACUGGUGACUGUACUAUCUUGUGGACUGAGUGGAGUGUGUGUGUCAUGUUUUGUGGCAUGUGCUGCGGACUGUCAUGCAGUGCGGGGCGCGCGAGGUGCUGCUGCUGUUGCACCUGCCUGCGUGCGGUUGCGCGCGUGUGACUAGAUGUAUUUGACUGCAGUCGUGUGCAUAUUUACGGGAGUUGGGCUGCCUUGGGUAGGCGGCGAGGCAGUGGUGGUGUUGGGUAUGGCUGGAGAGGAUGCUUUUGGGGGAUGAAGAGGGUUCCGCUCGUUGUGUGCUGUAAGCGGCCUUCUUGGGGGGCAAGUUGGCAAGCGAUGUUUACACUUGGACAUGUUGUCGUCCUAACGUGUUGUCAUUAGUGCUGGAUGGUGCAGUUCAUUAUUAUUGUAGGGCUUGUUUGCCUGGACAAUCGUUAUCUUGUGACUGCGGGUUCAGGCCUCCCAUGUUGUGCCCCUGGCGCAAGGGCGGGUACGUGUGAACCCUAGGCAAGCGGCACCUGACGAUAACCUCCUUGUUUGCUUUGCUUGCUUGGGAAUGAAAAGGUGAAUGGAACGGUUUGAGCGUUGAAGGGAAUAAAGGGUGAAGGAGGGGUUUUAUGGGGACACAUGGCCCUUGCUGCAAGCAACCUUUUGCUGGUUGCUGGCUGUUCAUCUACCUUGCGAGCAUGCCCUUCCGAUCGUCUCAUAUAUUUAGCUAUGUGAUCUAACGCAUUGCAGGG